AUGGCUUUUAUUACCAACGUUCGCGAAUUUCAAGCUCUUUUGGAUGGUUGUUCCUCGACCCACGAUUGGGAAUUAUUGCUGGAAUCUAUUUUGAUACCCGAUGAGUGGAUCCCAAUGGCGUAUGCUCGGCUUUCGGAACUCGCAGCCCAAGAGAUACCGGUAAGUAUUCUAUUCCGUCUCUGAGUUCUCUCCUGAUGACGGUUUGCGUUUAAUUUGUACGUUGAAAUAACGAGUAUUCAUUAAUCUUUACUUAACGUUCUCUCCCACAGACUGAAAUCAAUCAGGACACGGGUAGUGAUGAAGUCAACGAUCUACUGAGCGAUUCGGUAAGUUUUCCAAUAUGUUAUGUCACGAAGUGUAAAAAGUUCACGCAUCAUUUAUGUCCGUUAUGUUAAUAGACUCGACUUGGGUUAGAUUUGCAUUUGAACUAUUAAACUAAAUCGCGUAUCUUUUGUUAUCCUCGUUAAAGAAACAAAAGGACUCCAAACUAGAUUUGCUUCAACUUUUUGUAGACAGUUGUCGUAUAAUACUCAUCGAAUAUGUUUCCUUGCUUUACAGUUUACAACUGAAGAAAUGCAGGCCGUAAAUGAGAUGGAACGUAUGGCGCUACACAAGGUAAUUCCAUUUCCUUUUUAAUACGCAUCGUACAUGAAUUUUUUAGUGAUAAAACAACAUUACGAAUCUCCUUAUUCGUUCAAUGCCCACCUAUUUCUUUAAAAUGAGCGAGAUUUCAAAACCUAAAGUAGUCUGAUUUCUUCUCUUCUUAUCUAGAAUAACAACGAGUCGGCACCGUUAUCACCGCAAGAUACACGGGAUAAUAUUUUUGAUGAGGUAAGCAUUCAUGAUCAUAAAAUUAUUUUUCUCUCACGGAAUUAAGUUUGCACUAUUAAUUGUUCAAUCACUCAUGUGUAUAUUUGUGUUGUUCAUUUUCAGUGGACUGGCGAAACCAGUGAAUUACCGACUUGGAACCCGUCGGAAACCGUAAGUCAUCUUUCAUGUUCACUUGUUUAGGAUACCCCAUGUAGAAGUGCAAACGUUCCUAUUAAAGUUUUUGAAAUGUAUACCUUUUAAAAACUAAAUUGUUUAGGUUUACCAAAAAAGACAAUAUCAUUCACUCCAUCGUUUAUAAGAGUCGGAAGAAUAUAAAAGUUACAGUUGGCUUACUAAUUAUGGUUUUGAAGGCGUAAAUAGUUUAUUCUUGAUCGAUUCCCCUUUCCACUGAUCACAUAAGUGAAUUCGUUUUUUGCGGAUGAUUGCACCCAUAUUGAAAUCUAUUCUAUUCUUUUGUUGAAAGCAUUUGCUCAGUGUAGUAAUAUUCUUCAAUCAUCAAGCCGAGUUGAAGAAAAUAGACAGCGUAUCAUAUUUACUCAAACAGGUAUCAGAGCAAUUUAAGCUAUUUCCACUAAGCAGUUGAUUAUAGCAAUAUAGCAGAGUUAUAAUAGUACCCAUGCGCUGCGCUUAUCUCUGAUAGUCAAUUAUGUCGUGGAUCGACACAUAAAAUUAAAUUUAUUCUGUUGAUUCAACAUCAAAAAUAAACCAUCUACCCAGUUGUUGAGACGCUCAUUGUAGACAAAUAGAGUUUAUCGGAGUUUCUUGUUAGUUGAGCUUUACACUAAGACUAGGUCAUAUUUUACUAAUUAUAGGAAAUUCAAUCCGGGGAUGGUGAACCCGCAGCCAAAAAGCCUCGUAAAGAAUAUCGUUGUGACACUUGUGGCAAGACCUUCUCUCGUUCAGGAAAUCUUAAAAUCCAUGUACGAACCCAUACUGGUAAGAAACCGUACGAAUGCAACCGCUGUGAUAAGAAGUUUGCUGACAAGUCGGCUCUCAAUCGUCACCUGAAAGCGCACGACAAACAAGCUGCCGAACGGACGUUUACUUGCGCAACCUGUGGCGAAAACUUUCACAACCACGCCCCUUACAACGUUCAUAUUCGCACCGCUCAUCAACAACCCGCCGCUGCAACUAGAAAACGACCCGCCGCUAAAAACACAGACGCACCUGCUGCCAAAAAACACAAGAAGUCCGCUGAUCCUGGUACUUCACCAACUACACCGCAAACCUCAUCGCCCGGGUCCAGCUGGCAAAAAGAUCCUGUUCUCAUUCCUUCGAACCUUAUUCCUGCCGCGGAGGAAAAUAUCACCGACACGUACCGUCAACACUGGCCCCAGAUCCGUACCCGAUUUAGUCGCCGUAACCGUUUACAAGACUGGUACAAUUUCCGCCUGUCUUCGAUCAGUCCUGCUUCCCUCCGCGAACAACUGAACCGAAUCUUUGCUGAUCAGCCUACAGUUUUCAAAAUCAACUUUUCCUUUGGUUUUAUUCUCCGUAACACAGAGACUGGGGCCCUCCAGUAUCAUCAUCCAUCCGCGAACAACCAUUUGGUGCUAGAACAACCGUUCCUGAUUUCAAGUCCAGACGAUUUAGAGCGCCUAUAUCAGCAGAUAGCGGAGAUCGAUUUCCUGGAGUAG